GGAUGAUGAACAGAAAAACGAUUAAAUGCGGAGAGUCUCUAGCUCAUAAGAGAUUCGGUCAAAAUUGAGACUCUCUCUGUAAAGUAGUUAGUUAAACAGAAUGAUGAUCGCCGACGACGAUGAGAAGUGGCUUGCCGCCGCCAUCGCCGCCGUUAAGCAAAAUGCUUUCUACAUGCAGCGCGCGAUCGACUCCAACAAUCUCAAAGACGUUCUUAAGUUUUCUGCUCAGAUGCUCAGCGAGCUUCGUACUUCCAAGCUUUCUCCUCAUAAAUACUAUGAACUCUAUAUUCGAGUUUCUGAUGAACUGAGGAAAUUGGAGAUCUUCUUUAUGGAUGAAACGGGGCGUGGUUGCUCCAUUUCAGAGCUUUACGAGCUAGUGCAGCAUGCCGGUAACAUUUUGCCAAGAUUGUAUCUCCUCUGUACCAUAGGAUCUGUAUAUAUCAAAUCCAAGGACGUUACUGCCACGGAUAUACUUAAGGAUCUUAUUGAAAUGUGCCGAGCUGUUCAACAUCCAUUACGUGGUCUUUUCUUGAGAAGUUACCUUGCUCAAGCUACUAGUAAAAAGUUACCCAGCAUUGGUUCAGAGCUGGAAGGAGAUGCUGAUACACACAUGGAUGCUUUAGAGUUCGUGCUUCAGAAUUUUACUGAGAUGAACAAACUAUGGGUCCGAAUGCAACAUCAGGGACCUACUCGGGAGAAGGAGAAACGGGAGAGAGAAAGGAAGGAAUUACGUGAUCUUGUUGGGAAGAACCUUCAUAUACUGGGUCAGUUGGAAGGUGUUGACCUCGGAAUUUACAGAGAUACUGUCCUUCCUAGAAUACUGGAGCAGGUUGUCAACUGUAAGGAUGAUCUUGCACAGUGCUACCUAAUGGAUUGCAUUAUACAAGUCUUUCCUGAUGAUUUUCACCUUGAAACUCUCGAUGUAUUAUUAGGUGCUUGUCCACAACUUCAGCCGUCUGUUGAUAUCAAGACAGUCCUUUCGGGUCUGAUGGAAAGGCUUUCGAACUAUGCUGCAUCUAGUGUGGAAGCAUUGCCUAAUUUCCUGCAAGUAGACGCCUUUUCAAAGUUGAAUCAUGCUAUUGGGAAGGUUGUAGAAGCACAGGUGGACUUGCCGGCCUCAGGAUCUGUAACAUUGUAUUUGUUUCUUCUGAAGUUCACUCUCCAUGUCCAUUCCGAUCGUCUAGACUAUGUGGACCAAGUUUUGGGUUCUUGUGUUGGCCAACUCUCUGCCACAGGAAAGCUUCGUGAUGACAAGGCAUCAAAACAGAUCGUUGCAUUUCUUAGCGCUCCGUUGGAUAAGUAUAAUGAUGUUGUAACUAUUUUGAAGCUUACCAACUAUCCUCGAGUAAUGGAAUACCUUGACCAUGAGACAAACAAAGCCAUGGCAAUUAUUAUAAUUCAGAGCAUUUUGAAAAACAAUACUCGCAUUGCUACCGCUGAUGAGGUCGAUGCUUUGUUUGAACUGAUAAAAGGACUUAUCAAGGAUUUUGAUGAGACAACUGAUAAUGAUGAGGUUGAUGAAGAAGAUUUCCAGGAAGAGCAGAACUCUGUUGCACGGUUGGUUCACAUGCUUUACAAUGAUGAUCAAGAAGAAAUGUCUAAGAUAAUUUUCAGAGUAAGGAAGCACGUCCUGACUGGAGGACCUAAGCGUCUGCCUCUUACGAUACCACCCCUUGUCUUUUCCGCUCUCAAGUUAGUUCGGCGAUUACGAGGUGGAGAUGAAAACCCAUUUGGAGAUGAUACGUCAGCAACACCGAAGAAAAUUCUACAGCUCUUAAAUGAGACCGUGGAAGUUCUAUCUGAUGUUUCAGCGUCUGAGUUGGCAUUUCGACUCUACUUGCAAUGUGCUCAGGCAGCCAAUGACUGUGAAUUAGAAGCAGUCGCUUAUGAGUUCUUCACAAAGGCUUAUCUUAUAUAUGAAGAAGAAAUUUCAGAUUCAAAGGCACAAGUAACAGCACUGCGUUUAAUAAUAGGGACACUCCAGCGGAUGCGUGUAUUUAAUGUUGAGAACAGAGAAACUCUGGCUCACAAGGCGACAGGGUACUCUGCAAAACUCCUUAAGAAGCCAGAUCAGUGUAGAGCUGUUUACGAAUGUGCGCAUCUCUUCUGGGCAGACGACUGCGAGAACCUGAAAGAUGGAGAGAGGGUUGUGCUUUGCCUGAAGAGGGCGCAAAAAAUCGCAGAUGCUGUUCAACAAAUGGCCAACGCAUCCCGUGGUAACAGUAGCACCGGCUCUGUGGCUCUAUAUGUCGAAGUGCUGAACAAGUAUCUCUACUUCUUGGAGAAAGGAAAUCCACAAGUAACAGGCGAUACAAUCCAGAGCUUAGCUGAAUUAAUAAGAAGCGAGACGAAGAAAGUAGAGUCAGACGCAGGGUCGUUCAUAUCCAGCACUCUGCGUUACAUGGAGUUUCAGAGACAACAGCAGGAUGGUGGCAUGAGUGAGAAAUACCAGAAAAUCAAAAUGGAAUGGUUUGAAUGAUUACACUUUCUUGCAUUCUUUUUAGUCUCAUCACCCCAAUAAUCAUGGCUUCGUUUCUUUGUUGAAAAAGCAUGAAAGAUAACACUGAGAAAUAAAACUUGUAUCAUCAAUUUUCCUUUCCUAAUGUAUCAUCAAUUUUCCUUUCCUAAUUAUAAUCUCUAUCAAUAAAUAUUUUGCUAAGUUU